CCCCUCCCCCCUGCCGUCCCCCUCAGUAACUUGGCUGCCUUUUAUCGGGCGAGCCGCGCGGCGGAGAGUUUGCUGGGGCCGGAGCUGCGUGCGAGUGCGGAGCGGCGGGGAGGGGGGCCCCGGUCCGGGACGAUGCUGCGGCUGGUGUCGCUGAAGUUGGGGCGGCUGUACCGCUACGUGAAGCUGGCGGUGCUGGGCAGCCUGGCGGCGGCGCUGGUGCUGAACACGCACUCGCUGCUGGCCUCGUUGCAGCGCAACGAGCUGUCGGAGCGGCGCUUCCUGCAGCUCAAUAAGUGCCCGGCCUGCUGGGGCACCAGCUGGUGCCGCAAGUUCCUCAACGGGCAGCUGCGGCUGGAGAGCUGGGGCCGCCUGCGCCUGCUCGACUUUCUCAAUGUCAAGAACGUCUACUUCGCGCGCUACGGCGAGCCCCGCGAGGGCAGCCGCCGCGUUGUGCUCAAGCGCCUGGGCUCGGCGCAGGAGCUCGCCGACAUCGACACCAAGAUCUGCCGCCGCGCCACCGGCAGGGGCCGCUGCGACCUCCUGCAGGCCUUGCACGCCACCGAGUUCGCCAGCAUCAACGGCGACGUGCGGCUGCUCACCCCCGACGUGGUGGAGGGCUGGUCGGACCUGGUGCACUGCCCCUCGCAGCGCCUGCUCGACCGCCUGGUCCGCCGCUACGCCGAGACCAAGGACUCGGGCAGCUUCCUGCUCCGCAACCUCAAGGACUCGGAGCGCAUGCAGCUGCUCAUCACGCUGGCCUUCAACCCGGAGCCGCUGGUGCUGCAGAGUUUUCCAUCUGAUGAGGGCUGGCCAUUUGCAAAGUACCUGGGAGCAUGUGGAAGAAUGGUUGCCGUCAACUAUGUUGGAGAAGAAUUGUGGAGUUACUUCAAUGCACCAUGGGAAAAACGAGUGGACCUGGCCUGGCAGUUAAUGGAAAUAGCAGAACAACUGACAAACAAUGACUUUGAAUUUGCACUCUACCUCCUUGAUGUCAGCUUUGACAACUUUGCAGUUGGUCCUAGAGAUGGGAAAGUUAUCAUUGUAGAUGCAGAAAAUGUUCUGGUGGCAGACAAAAGAUUAAUCAAACAGAAUAAACCUGAAAACUGGGAUGUAUGGUACGAGAGCAAGUUUGAUGACUGUGAUAAAGAAGCUUGCUUGUCCUUCUCAAAAGAGAUUCUUUGUGCUCGUGCCACAGUGGACCACAAUUACUAUGCUAUUUGUCAGAACCUUUUGUCCAGACAUGCCACCUGGCGUGGCACUUCUGGAGGACUACUUCAUGACCCUCCAGCUGAAAUUGCCAAAGAUGGCCGACUUGAGGCCUUGCUGGAUGAGUGUGCCAACCCAAAGAAGCGAUAUGGUAGAUUCCAAGCUGCAAAAGAACUACGUGAAUACCUUGCACAAAUAAGUAAUAAUGUGAGGUAGUUCAUGGUGAACUAAUCACCUUUUUGUAACACUGGCUAAAACACUAUCGCAAAGACACAUGGAAAAAUGAGGUUUUGAACUCACAUAUUCAAAAGAGAAACUUUUAAAAAAAAAAAAUUAAACUGUCUGAUCAAUUAUAUAAAUGCCAUAAAAUGUUAUGGUGUUUAGAGGAUGGUCCUCUGUAAACAGACAAGGUACUUAUCUAAUUAAAACUUGAGCUACUAUUGACUGUUCUCCCUGAUUGCCUCAGGAGCGAGUCAGAUGAGAUAAGACUGUGAUAGCUUAAUUGACAGUUUGUCUGUCAAGGGGUACUUUACAUAAAACUGCAUUAGUAUCACAAUUUUGUGAAACUGAUGCUUUUACUUGGAAAAGUCAAAUAGACUGAUGGCCUGUUUUAAAGGCUUUUUCCGGAUGUCAUAUGUGCUCAUUUUUGUGUUCAAACAUCUUACUGAAAUGGCAUUUACAUACAUGCAGGUAAAUCUAGUUGUCUGUUGCAUUGUUUCAGAUUUAACAAGUUUUAUUUAAUAUUGUGCAGUAUAUUACUAUGAGUGCGGGAUUCCCAUAUUUACUGUCUAAUCUAAGUUCUUACAACUAUCUUACUGUGUGUAUUACAUUUUUAAAAAGGAUAUUGUCAUAAAGCAGACUCACUGUCAUAUGAACCAUAAUACAUUCAUAUUUGAUUUUUGUAGUUCUGGUGUUGCAGGAUCCCUGAUGAUGUAGUUACUGUACAAAACUUCAACCUUCCAUGCAAGUAUGUACACAUAGCCAUUCAACAGGGAAUCGUUUGUAUGAGCAAACAGUCAUUUUUAACUUGAGGGGAGAAUAUAGGAAAAAUCAGUAGGAAUUGAGGGUAGGUUAAAAAUAAGAUCACUAGUCCAGUGUAGUAAAGCAUAAACCAAAGAAAAUGGUUGUGUAUCAGUCCCUAGACUAGUCCUAAAGCAAAACCAUGUACUGUAGUAAUACUAAUCCAUUGUGAAAAUUCAGAUUUCAGUGGGACCUUAGUUACUCUUUGAGAAACUUUAAGCUACUAGAUAGUGCUUGAGGAAAAUCCAGAUUUAAACUUAAGAAAAUGCCUAGCAGGCUAGCAUUUGUUCUUUAUCAUUCACAAUUCUGCUGAAUUCACAAUGUAGAGAAUUUUACUGAAUGUUUAUCCAUCGGUUUAGUCGUUAAACUGACUAUGCCAUGUUCUUGCUAGAAACCUUGCCUUGAAAUAAGUUUUACUAUUUGAAUUGCAGUAAAAAUGGUCCCUUUAAUGGUUAGUGUAAACCUGAGAUUGAUGUUUUAUGCAAAUUUUUAUUUAUGGGAGCAAUCACUACCAAAAUGCUUUACUUUCUUGGAAGAUUUUUGGUUUUGAUUUUGUUUAUACAAUAGCUACUGUAGUGUUUCGUUUACCUGAAGUGUCAUAAAAUUUGACUCCCAAGCAAAUACUUGUAGGAUAUUUAUGGGUUGGUUUUUUGCCUGCAGCAGUAACAAACGGAAAAAAGUAAUAGUUGUAAAUUAACCAAAACCAUGGUAUUAAACAAUUUGGAAUGAGCAGGGUAUGCGCAACCAUUCAUGACAGUCAGCAUGGCUAUCAAAUACUACUGCAAAGAGAGAGGGAAAUUGCUGCUAUACCAAAAUUGCUGUAGGAGCAGGGUGAAAGGAAAAAGCAAAUUGUAAUUCAGUACUGAUUGGUUCUUCUUUCUCAAAGCUGGGGAGUGCGGUUGGGGGACAUACCGCUAUAUAAAAAUGCAAAAAUUUUCUCACUUGUUAGAUGAGUGUAUUAAUGACUGUUUUGCACAGCUCUAGAUUUUUCACUUUGAAUCCAUUUUGCAUAUGUAGUCAUACUUUACUGCAGCUCACUUGUCUUAAUUUUGUUUUCAGAAGCUAAUAUGACACUUACAGCUUUUAUUUUCCUUUUUGCUGUUGGAAAAGACCGUUUUACAGUUGUGCUGCAAACCUCUUUCCCUUCAGAUAUGAGUCUUUAAAUAGGCUUCACACUACUUUUUUGUCAAAUACACUUAUUUGCAGAAAAUGCAUUGAAAAUUGAGAUUAAAUAACACUAGCUGCCACGCAAGCCUUGUUGUAUCAAUGAUGUUGAUUUUUAAACACACCCUGCACAUUAUCUGAUUUAGUUGUUUGAUUGUUAAAUGGUAAUAGAAAACACUGCCAGCUUCUGAUUAGUACUUGAGGUAGUUUUUGUAACUACCAAAUGUCCCUUGUUAGACUUGGUUAAGGGUUAUAGUUCCCUCUGAAAUAUAUUGAGAAAGGUGAUUCGGAAACGAAUCUAGAAUUAGGAAAAAAAAAAACCUACAGGGAAAACACUUACGUGGAAAGCAAUAAAGUUUGUUCAAUUUGCACCUAUCAGAUAUUUAUUGUACAAUGACAAUUUAUAUUUUGAGUCAUUGCCCAUUAAUAUUGAUGAACUCUUGGUGAAAUAUUUUUGAAUGAGAUAUUUGGGGUUUGUAUGUGCAUUAAAAUUGUCUUUUGUACUGUAAGUUACUGUUUAAUUGGAAUAUUUUAUCAAAAUUGUCUUCCUGUGCCUUCAUAUUACACAAAGUUGUUUCUACAACUUUGAAUGAUAUUAAUAAAGAGUACUUUAAGAAUCUUA